AUGGCCGACAUGUUCGAAGCAGCGCCAGCUCCCAAGACGGAGCUUGGCCGCUACAGAGUCCUUAGCAGCACCGCUGGUGUUCGCGUGAGCCCGUUGCAACUCGGCGCCAUGUCUAUCGGAGAGGCAUGGAGCUCCUUCAUGGGCAGCAUGAACAAGGAGAACUCUUUCAAGCUUCUUGACGCCUUCGAGGAGGCCGGAGGGAACUUCAUCGACACGGCGAACAACUACCAGAACGAGGAGUCCGAGGAGUGGUUGGGCGAGUGGAUGGAGAAGAAGCAGAACCGUGACUACAUGGUCAUCGCAACCAAGUUCACCACGAACUAUGUGAUGGGAAAGGUUGGCAAGGGAAAGAGUGUCAACCAAUGUGGCAACCACAAGAAGUCACUUCAUGUCUCCCUGCGCGACUCGCUCAAGAAGCUUCGCACUGAGUACCUCGACAUCCUCUACGUCCACUGGUGGGACUGGACCACCUCGAUCGAAGAGAUGAUGGACUCGCUCGAUGCCGUCGUCAAGAGUGGCAAGGUGCUCUACCUCGGCAUCAGCGACACUCCAGCAUACAUCGUGAGUGCUGCCAACGCUUACGCAAAGGCACACGGCAAGACACAAUUCUCCAUCUACCAAGGUCGAUGGAACAUCAUGAUUCGGGAUAUGGAGCGCGAGGUCAUUCCGAUGGCUCGACACUGGGGCAUGGCAAUCGCUCCUUGGGAUGCUAUCGGCGGCGGAAAGUUCCAGACCAAGAAGCAGCUCGAGGAGCGCAAGAAGAACGGCGAAGGUCUCCGCAGCAUGUUUGGCUCAGAGCAGACCGAGGAGCAGGUGAAGAUCUCGGAAGCGCUGGAGAAAGUCGCCAACGAGCACGGCAUCGAAUCACCCACAGCAAUCGCUCUCGCCUACGUCAUGUCCAAGGCACCAAACGUCUUCCCUAUCGUCGGUGGCAGGAAGGUUGAGCAUCUGCAGGGCAACAUCAAGAGCUUGGAGAUCAAACUCUCACAGAAGCAGAUCGAUUAUCUGGAGAGUAUCAUUCCUUUCGAGCCAGGUUUCCCGAACAACUUCAUCGGCGAAGAUCCUCACAUAACGGGGCAGGCCUCAGGACUGCUUGCUGCUGUGGCGCCGAUGGCUUGGGUGCAGUCCGGGAAGCCAAUCGGACAUGAGUAG